CAUCACAAUAACAUGCGGCGAUAAUUCUACUCUAACUUGUCACCGGAACCUAUUUUCUCAGUGCUAUUAGGUCGCAACGGAAAGAUAAGCCGCGAUUUAUAUUCAGGCUGUGUCCGCGAUUAUAAUUUUCGACCUAAAUAGUUUUCAAAAUGAGAGAAUAUAAAUGAAACAUAGCGAUGAUAAUUGAUAUUAUUAAUUAACUCCCGAAGGCAACAUUAAUUUAGUGCAAAGCAAAUUGUAUUAAAGAUCGAUGAAAGCUAUCACAUUUCAGAGAAUACUUAGUAAACAUUCUUUAUUUCGCACAAAUCCACGAGAUAAAAACUAUAUAUUUGCAUAUCUACUAUCUAAGAAGUUCUGCUAGUGAAUGUAUAUUCUACAGUAGGAUAAGGGAUAUAUAUAUAUAAGGAAAGGAAUAAUACCUUGUAGUGUUAGACUUAUCUGGUGCGCUCAUUCAGGACGAAGGUACAAUAAUGAUCCUAAUGCGAAUAAUUUUAUCGUUCAUAGCGAUUGGUAUCGGUUCAGGAUUGCCAGCUAAGAGUCAUCGUGGAACCCAUGGUCGUCCUGUACCGCCUGAGCCGCGAUUCGAUGGAGUUUUCAACAAUGACUAUAAUCAUGAAAAAAUUGCAAAUGGCAUAAAGUCUUGGAGUCCGGAUGAUCCACAAAAUGUUUGGGAACUGAGUGGUUUACACGAGGGUGAUAUAAUGAUUCAUCCAGAUAGUCCAUCGUGGAAAAAUGGCCUCUUAGAUGCUACAGCGCGAUGGCCCGGCGGUAUUGUGCCUUUCUUUAUACAGGAAGAUGAUUUUGAUCGAGAUCAAAUCGAACUAAUCAAAGGAGCUAUGCAGGAGUAUCAUGAGAGAACCUGUUUGCGUUUUCGUCCUUACAAGGAUACUGACGAGAAUUAUGUGACGAUACAAGCGAAAAAGUCGGGAUGCUGGUCCCUGGUAGGUCGUCACGGUCAUGGACAGGUGUUGAAUCUACAAAAUCCGGGAUGCGUUCAUCACGGUGUUGUUGUGCACGAGCUCAUGCAUGCCUUAGGCUUUUACCAUCAGCAGAGCGCCGCGGACCGAGACGAAUGGGUCGCCAUACAUUGGGAGAACAUCAAAUUGGGUAAAGAGCAUAAUUUCAAUAAAUAUGACAAUCGUACUGUCACUGAUUAUGGCAUAAGUUAUGAUUACAAGAGUGUCAUGCACUAUAGUUCCCAUGCAUUCUCCAAAAAUGGAGAACCUACUAUUACGCCCAAGAAAAAAAAGGUAAAACUUGGUCAGCGAGAUGGACUCAGUGAAAAGGAUGUUGCCAAGGUACAAGCAAUGUAUAAGGAACAAUGUGGCGAUCGCAAACCAGAAGAAAAUGAUUCUUCUGAAGAGAUUCUUACAGAGUGGAUAUUUGAUUAAAUUCAUAUGUUUCAAAAAUCAAAUUC